UUUUGACAUUAGGCUAAGAUGGCGGUAUUUUUCAGUAUAUCUACGGGGUAGAGGUAUCGUCUUCUUUAAUAUUUUGGGUUUUUGCUAGACAAUUUGUUGCCAAUGAAUUAUGGAGGCUAGUGCGAGUACCGGUACUCGUACAAUGCGAUUUAUGAUGGAAGGUGUCGGAGCCCGGGUCAUUCGUGGACCUGAAUGGAAGUGGGGUAAACAGGAUGGAGGAGAAGGUCAUGUAGGAACUGUUAGAAAUUUUGAAUCCCCAGAAGAAGUAGUUGUUGUUUGGGAUAACGGUACAGCAGCUAAUUAUCGCUGUUCUGGUGCAUUUGAUCUGCGAAUUUUGGAUUCAGCUCCAACAGGUGUAAAGCAUGAUGGAACCAUGUGUGAUACAUGUAGACAACAACCAAUUUUUGGAAUUCGUUGGAAAUGUGCAGAAUGUGGAAAUUAUGAUCUAUGUUCUAUUUGUUAUCAUGGAGACAAACAUCACUUAAGACAUAGAUUUUAUCGUAUAGCAACUCCUGGCAGUGAGAGAGUAUUACUAGAACCAAGACGUAAAAGUAAAAAGAUCGCAAUUCGCGGAAUAUUUCCUGGUGCAAGGGUUGUCCGAGGUGUUGAUUGGCAAUGGGAAGAUCAAGAUGGUGGAAAUGGGCGAAGGGGUAAAGUUAACGAAAUUCAAGAUUGGUCAGCAGCCAGUCCACGUUCAGCCGCUUAUGUUAUAUGGGAUAAUGGAGCGAAAAAUUUGUAUCGCGUCGGUUUUGAAGGAAUGGCCGAUUUAAAAGUUGUUAAUGAUGCUAAAGGUCAGACAGUAUACAGGGAUCAUUUACCACUAUUAGGUGAACAAGGUCCAGGUCGCACAGGUCCGCAUGGGUUACAAAUCGGAGAUCAGGUUAAUGUUGACUUAGAAUUAGAAAUAGUACAGUCAUUGCAACACGGACAUGGUGGUUGGACAGAUGGUAUGUUUGAGUGUCUUGGCACUACUGGGACUGUUGUUGGUAUUGAUGAGGAUCAUGAUAUUGUUGUAUCAUACCCGAGCGGUAAUCGUUGGACGUUUAAUCCUGCUGUAUUAACGAAAGUACAAAUACCGGUACCAGUUACCAGUUCAAGUUCUGAUAACCAAACGUUUGCGGUUGGAGAUUUGGUACAAAUAUGUAAUGAUUUAGAGAAAAUAAAGCUACUUCAACGAGGUCAUGGGGAAUGGGCCGAAGCAAUGGCACCGACAAUGGGAAAAAUUGGGAGAGUUCUACAAAUAUAUCACGAUGGCGAUUUGAAAGUAGAAGUAUGUAGUACUUCUUGGACGUAUAAUCCUCAAGCAGUAACUAAAGUUGCAAGCAGCGAUGGUAGCGUUCCAGGAAAUAGCAGUGGAGAACGUUUAUCAGCAUUGUUGAAAAAAUUAUUUGAAACCCAUGUCUCGGGUGAUGUUAAUGAAGAAUUAGUAAAGACUGCUGCAAAUGGCGAUGCUGCUAAAUGCGAAGAAUGUUUGAAGAGACCCGAGGCUGAUGUGAAUGGUGUGUUCGCUGGUCACACUGCAUUACAAGCCGCAAGUCAAAAUGGCCACUUAGAAGUGAUAAAAAUUCUUCUUCGUUACAAAGCAGAUGUUGAAAUUGAGGAUAAAGAUGGAGACAGAGCUGUACACCACGCUGCAUUUGGAGAUGAACCGGGUGUAAUGGCGUUGUUAGCUGGUGCUGGAGCUGACUUGAAUGCGAGGAAUAAAAGACGUCAAACUGCCCUCCAUAUCGCAGUUAAUAAAGGACAUGCUGGUGUAGUGCGCACGUUACUGGAAUUAGGAUGCCAUCCAAGUUUACAAGACUCGGAAGGUGACACACCUCUUCACGAUGCGAUCUCUAAGAAACGGGAUGACAUGUUGGCUCUGUUGUUGGACCAUGCCGCAGACAUCACCCUCACGAACAACAAUGGAUUCAACGCUCUGCACCAUGCCGCUCUUCGUGGAAACCCAAGCGCGAUGCGGGUGCUCCUCUCGAAACUUCCGAGACCAUGGAUAGUGGACGAGAAAAAGGACGAUGGUUACACGGCCCUUCAUCUAGCUGCCCUAAACAAUCACGUGGAAGUUGCUGAGCAGCUGGCACGUGCUGGAAAAGCUGACCUGGAUUUGCAAAACGUCAAUUUGCAGACCGCGCUGCACCUUGCAGUCGAGCGACAACACACACAAAUCGUUCGCCUGCUGGUACGGGAAGGCGCCAACUUGAAUGUAGCGGACAAGGACGGCGACACGCCUCUUCACGAAGCCUUGAGAUAUCACACUCUAUCGCAGCUGCGACAGCUGCAGGAUGUUCAGGACGUAGGACGCCUCCUGAUGGGCCUGGGCGCGCAAGGACAGGACAAGAAGAGCAGUUCAUUCAUUGCCUGCUUCCUGGCUGCCCACGGGGCUGACCUGGAAUUGAAGAACAAGAAGGGACAGACUCCCCUCGACCUCUGCCCGGAUCCAAAUCUCUGCAAAACAUUAACUACUUGUCACAAGGACAGAGAAUCACACGAUAUUGAAACAGCAGCUCCAUCAGGUACAAUCGACGAAUGUUUAGUCUGUUCGGAUGGAAAACGUGAAAUGCUUUUCACCCCCUGUGGACACGUAGCUUGCUGUAAUGCUUGCGCACCAAGGGUGAAGAAAUGCCUGAUCUGCAGGGACAAUGUCCUAACAAGAACAAAGAUCGAAGAAUGCGUUGUUUGCUCCGACCGUAAAGCUAGUAUGUUGUUCCGUCCAUGUGGGCACAUGUGUGCCUGCGAAAGCUGCGCAACCCUUAUGAAGAAAUGUGUCCAAUGUAGGUCUCAAAUUCAGCACAUGCUACCAUUAUCAAUGUGUUGUGGCGGAGGAGGCAAUGUCACUUAUGUGAAGGGUAUCAAUGCUUCAGGUUCGAUAUCAGACGUGAAGAAUGAUGCAGAAGAAGAAACGAUCCCACAGAAUACCGGAAGCGGAGAAGCUAUUCUGAUGAACAACGGUAGCCGAGAUACAUCUCAUAGCGAUAUACAGAAACUUCAGCAGCAACUUCAAGACAUCAAGGAACAGACCAUGUGUCCAGUUUGUCUGGAUCGUUUGAAGAACAUGAUAUUCCUGUGCGGCCACGGAACCUGUCAAAUGUGCGGAGACCGGAUGUCAGAGUGUCCGAUAUGUCGAAAAGCGGUAGACAAGCGAAUUUUGCUCUAUUAAAUCUAGAUAACUGAGGCCGUUAAGAGCCAGAGUUUUAUGUUAGGAAAAAGUAUAAUAGCAAAGGAAUAAUUAAAUAUUGCUUUGAUUCGGUGACUGAAAUGUUCACGAUGAUCAUCCAAAGUACCAAAUUCUAUAACCCAAUUAGUGUUUUUUUUUUUUAAACAAGCUGCCAUCUCGAUGAUCCUGCGAUUUAUAAUAUGAAUUUUGAAAAACAAAGAAUAAAAAUCAUGUAAUAUUUAUUUAUUCCUUUCCCGAAGAAAGUAGGUUGCUAAACAAAAAUUUCGUUCUUCAACGAAUAUCACAACUUAAGUUCACAAUUUGCAGCGUAACUGUAAGUUGAUUAUACAAAAUAGAUUAUUAUUUUGCAAGGUAGAGAAUUAAUGAAACUGAUUUUCAAUGUAGUAAAGUCCUAAACGAGUCGAUUACGUACUUUAGUAAUAAUCUAUUCUUUUUCUUUCUUCCGUUUUGUUCGAUUUAAUUUAACAACAAAUGCAUCAUUGUCUUCUAGUAAUAAUUAUUACUGAUCGCCAGAUAUACUGAUUAACAUUUCCAGGCAAUCAUAAUAUUUUCAUUUCUCUAUUUUUCUUUUCCGGUACACUAUUUGUACGCACAACAAUCUUUUAGGUCCAUUUAUACAUAUUCGUAUUGUAUUAGGUUGGCAUAGUGAUGGAUCUAAGUACUAUGGUAAAGGUAAAAAAAAAAAAUGCAAUUUAAUU